AUGCUUGUCACAGCAGCAAACGCCGAGGAAGAUGUGGAGUAUUCUCCUAUCUUCCCUAGACCAUUUCAUCCAGGAAUCAUCCCUUGUCUUCCGAGAAAAGAUUGCAGUACAGUACUUUGCAAAAAGAUUUGCCCUGAAGACUGCCCGAGCGGUCAGUGCGGCGAGCAGUGCCGAUUCUUCGUCCCGAACAACGCGCGAUGUGGACCUGGCCUGAGGUGCGGGCCCUACGGGCAAUGCGAGUACAAGCCUGGCUUCCACCCCGGC